AUGAAGGAACAAUGUGAAUUGUAUGUUGGAUCUUUUGUUUUUUUAACUGUGACGCCGAUUGUAGAAAGAGAGGAAUUAUUUUCUCGCGGUGUUGGAGAAGAUAGCGAUAUUGUGUCAAAGGAAAUGUAUACAUUCUUGGACAAAUCGGGACGAAAACUCUGUCUCCGCCCUGAGUUCACAUCAAGCGUUGUGAGAGCCGUUCUGAAUAAUCGUGCUUUAGAUUCUGCGAAUAGAGUUUACUAUUAUGGAAGCGCCUAUCGAUAUGAGAACCCUCAGCACGGAAGAUAUCGAGAAUUCCAUCAAUUCGGAGGCGAGAUUAUUCGGUGCAAUCCGGAUAGCGACGACACGGAGAUCAUCUCUCUCUGCCACUCCAUUCUGCGCCAUCUGGAUCUCCUCCCUCAAAGCGAACUUUUACUCAAUUCGUUAGGAAACGAAGCCGAAAUGAAAGACUACCGCAAAGCCUUGCUCUCGUACUUCUCCAAAUACUAUGAUUCGCUGUCGAACGAAAGCCAGGCUCGAUUUGAUCGCGGCAGUGUGCUUCGAAUCUUAGAUAGCAAACAACCAAACGACCAAACCAUCAUCGCAACCUCGCCUCCAAUCACUUCGUUCUUAUCCUCUACUUCCCUUCGCCGAUUUGAGAGACUUCAGAGCGAUCUUUCCGAUCUUUCCAUUCCUUUUCGAAUCGAUCCUCGGCUUGUUCGAGGCCUCGACUAUUACGACCACACGGUUUUUGAGUUUGCCACCAAAGCAGGAGCUGUCAUCGUACUUCGCUCUUUUGAGAAGAAGGUUAUUGUUUUAGGGAGGAGGAUGCUAUGA